GAUAAUAUAUGUACAUUUAGUUUGAUCAUUCCACCUUGAUAUCCCUUACGAGCACCAAAAAGAAUGGGGAUCUAAUCAAACGACAGGUAAUUCGAACAUGAAAAUCACAUUGGCCUUCCUAUCAUACUCAACUAUCUAUUUAAGCAAAUUACAAUAUUCCCCCUCCUUCAAUAUUCAGGCCACGUUUAAAGGCCAAAAAUGGAGGGAUGAAAGAUGGCGUAUGCAAAUUUGGUUCAACCAUUGAAAAGUACUAUAAUCAGGUUCAGUUGGAUCGGGUGGUUUUUCCAGAAACCGACCGGCUCGGCUCGGUUCGGUCUCAAGUUCAAGAGAAAUAAAUUCGGUCAAUCCGAACCGCACCGGUUACAUAUAUAUGUAUACCUAAGGGUUUUUCGCGAGUGGCUUGUUCGUUUCCUUCGUCCUUGACUUCCGUCUUCCAAUUCAGUCGCAGUGCCAGAGCUCUUCCUCGUUCCUUCUCCUCCGCCCGCCUCCUCGCCUUCCUUCUUCGUAGCCUUCACUCGCCGUAAUCCCACGUCUCUUCAGGUCAGCCGCCGUCGCCCCAGAACUUUUUACUUUCCUGCCUCGGCCCACAGCCGCCGAUAGCCUGGUUCUCAGUAUUUUUGAAGCUCAAUCAAAGAAACAACAAAGGAAGUGAAGAUAAAUAGAGCACUAGAAUGUUUUUGUUCUUCCGCUCUUGCUCAGGACCUCCCCAUCGGUCCCAACAGCAACACCACAUUUUUCAGAUACACCUUCGGACAUAUGUAGACGGCACAAUUAAUUGGGUUCGAGAUCGUGGUCUUGAUCAUGCUGUUGAGAGAGAGAAGAAUCUUCUCCCAGUGAUGAACAUAAAAGAUUUUAUAAAAUCGGAGCCGUCCAAGUCUGUUCCAGUUUCCAUCAUAACUCAGAAGAAGGAAGUUCUAAGAAUUCCAACGCGUCCUAUUGAUUUGAUCAGAAAAUAUCCUUCCAUUUUUGAAGAAUUUCUUCCUGGAGGCAUUGGGAUUCAACCUCAUGUUCGGCUAACUUCUAAAGUCCUUGAACUUGAUGCUGAAGAGCAGCUAACGUAUCAAACUGAAACUUGUAGACAACAAGCUGCAGAUCGACUCGUGAGGCUCUUAAUGCUAUCAAGAGUCCAUAAAGUACCUGUAAGUAUCAUUGAUCAAUUGAAAUGGGACCUGGGUCUUCCUAAAGAUUAUAUUCAAAGUAUAGUUCCUGAUUUUCCAGAUUACUUCAAAGUUGUAGGACACCAAAAUUUUGCAUAUGGCUCAGAUGAUAUGCGGGCAUUGGAAUUGGUAUGUUGGAACAAUGAAUUGGCCACAUCAGUUUUAGAGAAUAUGGCUGCAAAAGUAAAGCCUGAUACAUCGAAGGGAAUGCAUAUUACUUUUCCUAUGAAAUUCUCGAACGGGUUUGAGAUGGAUAAGAAGUUCAAGAAGUGGGUGGAUGAGUGGCAAACGCUACCUUACAUUUCUCCUUAUGAAAAUGCAUCACAUCUUUCUCCUAACAGUGAUGAAUCUGAUAAAUGGACUGCUGCGAUUUUACACGAGCUUCUUCAUAUGCUGGUCACGAAGAAGACUGAGAAGGAAAAUAUAUUGUGCAUAGGUGAGUACUUUGGUCUACGGUCAAGGUUUAAGAGAGCAUUGCUUCACCAUCCAGGGAUAUUCUAUGUAUCGAGUAAGGCUGGAACCUACACAGUCGUCUUGAAAGAAGGGUAUAAAAGGGGUUCUGUUAUUGAGAUUAGCCCCUUGAUGAACAUUAGAAACAAGUACCUUCACCUUAUGAACACAGUGAAGGAAGACUGUAAAACAACAAGCGAGCAUAGUGGUACUCGCCACCAGAAGCAAGAACAGAAAGAAGGGUCAGAUGAUGGACCUGGGAAACAGAAUGAAGCUGAAUUACUCAACUUCUUGGAUGACGAUGACAAAGACGAAGAUGAAGAUGAAAAUGAAGAUGAAAGUACUCGUAGUCAUUGCAGCGUCCGUGCGGACCGGAGAGACAGCGUCCGUGCGGACCGGAGAGACAGCGUCCGUGCGGACCGGAGAGACAGCGUCCGUGCGGACCGGAGAGACAGCGUCCGUGCUGACCGGAGAGACAACGUCCGUGCUGACCGGAGAGACAAUGUGCGCAAGAGAAAUGUCGAUUUCAAAGAAAAUGCUUUUAGAAACAGGAUGAUAUUACCAAAUAGAAUGAACUCGACUGCAGAGAGACCUUAUAGGGAUGUUAAAAGAGAGAGGUCAAAUAUGAAUAAAUGAACGAAGGUUUAGCCUUGUAACUGGCCUUUACUUGUUUAUUUUGUGGGAUAAGUUUCUUUUAACGUCAUAGGCCCCCUUCACAUCUCCACGAAAGUUAACAUCCCAAUCCUUUUCAUUAUUACAAUUGGUUGGUACUUUGAGGAAAGAUUUGAUUCGGCAAUUGAUUUACUAAAAGAAAGAGUUGGUCUCAUUUCCUUCACUUUAGGUUUGUAAGCUGUAUUCAUUCAACUAGGGUUCAUGGUCGGUUAACUGUAUCUCUCCCAAUUGUACAUAAAAAAUGAACAACCAAAAUUCCAUUACCUUGUACUCUUGAAACCAUUGGUUUCUCCCUAUAAGACA